AUGGAGGCUAUAGAGGUGUCCGAGCCGAGCGGCCAGGGGGCCACCCCCGAGCGUCGUGGGCCUCGCUGCCAGCUUCUGCCCGGCUUCCGAGAGGAGCUGCGGGCGCUCCUGAUUCUGGCGGGCCCCGCGUUCUUGGCCCAGUUGAUGGUGUUUCUGAUCAGUUUCGUGAGCUCCGUGUUCUGUGGCCACCUGGGGAAGCUGGAACUGGACGCCGUCACCCUUGCGAUUGCGAUGAUCAACGUCACUGGAAUCUCGGUGGGCUUUGGCUUAUCUUCUGCUUGUGACACCCUCAUCUCCCAGACGUAUGGGAGCCAGAACUUGAAGCACGUGGGGGUCAUCCUGCAGAGGGGCACCUUGGUGCUGCUUCUCUCCUGCUUCCCCUGCUGGGCACUCUUCGUCAACACCCAGAACAUUCUGCAUCUCUUCAGGCAGGACCCAGCCGUGUCCAGGCUUACCCAGGACUAUGUCAUGAUCUUCAUUCCUGCCCUGCCUGCAAUCUUUAUUUACACGUUACAAGUUAAAUUUUUGCUCAAUCAGGGAAUCAUACUGCCCCAGAUCCUCACCGGAGUUGUCGCCAAUCUUGUCAACGCCCUCAUCAACUAUCUGUUUCUCUAUCAACUGGAUCUCGGGGUGAUGGGGUCGGCACUGGCAAAUACCAUUUCCCAGUUCACCCUCGUGCUGCUCCUCUUCCUGUACAUCCUCUGGAGGAAACUGCACCAAGAUAUCUGGGGAGGGUGGUCCCUUGAGUGUCUGCAUGACUGGGCCGGCUUCUUUGACCUGGCCUUCCCCGGCAUGCUCAUGCUGUGCAUUGAGUGGUGGGCCUACGAGAUCGGGAGCCUACUGAGCGGUAUCCUCGGCAUGGUGGAGCUGGGAGCCCAGUCCGUGGUGUAUGAAGUGACCGUCAUUUUGUACAUGAUACCUUCAGGCUUCAGUGUGGCCACCAGUAUCCGGGUAGGGAAUGCGCUGGGCGCUGGAGACAUCGAGCAGGCCAAGAAGUCCUCAACUGUCGCCUUGCUGGUCACAGGAGUCUUUGCUAUAACCUUCUGCGUCCUGUUGUUAAUUUUUAAGGAUCUGGUGGGGUACGUUUUCACUAGCGACCGAGAAAUCGUGGCUCUGGUCGCUGAGGUGAUUCCGAUCUGUGCUGUUUCCCAUGUGUUCGAAGGUCUUGCUUGCACAAGUGGUGGCAUCCUGCGGGGAAGUGGCAACCAGAAGGCUGGGGCCAUGGUCAAUGCCGUCGGGUAUUAUGUGGUUGGUCUCCCUGUCGGGAUCUCGCUGAUGUUCCUGGCCAGACUGAAAGUGCUUGGUCUGUGGUCAGGGAUCAUUAUCUGUGCGAUCACGCAGUGUCUGUGCUUUUUCAUCUUUAUUUCUCAGCUAAACUGGAAGAAAGCCUGUGAAGAGGCUCGGGUACAUGCCAAUGUGAGACUAAAUGUGGUCCGGACUAGGACCCAGUCUGUGGCCCAGCCUGCAGUCUAUCAGAACAUAGCGGUGGUCCCAAGGAACCAGCGAAGAAUGUUAAGGAGAGCUGUUGUACAAAGAGACGAGACUCCAUUGGAUCUGCAAAUGAGCCAAGACGCUAGGAUGACCGGGAGACAGUUGGUGCUGUGGCGUGGGCUUCUGCUCCUGGGGGUCAUUUCAAUCUUGCUCCUAGGGAUUUUACUGAGAGUGUAUAUCAGAGUUGAGGGAUAG